CUUAACCCCCGAAUGAUCUUUGUUCCAGCACUCUCGAUACCAAGUCGGGUAGCCCUUAUUCCCAUCGGAAGCACUGGCGCCGAGUGCAGCAGCAGUUCCUGGAGCAGCAGCAGGGCCGCAUGACGCGGCCCGUUAGCAUCGUAAACUACAACCGACAGGAGUCAUAUGACAUGUUCAAUGUACCGGGCAGCCCGUACCACAUACGAAAGCCUAUGCCAGCGUGGGAGAAGAGUCGAUUAUGGGUAGAACAGCAACAGAAGCAUCAGCAGCGCCGUCAUAACGAUGAAGAUAACGAUAACGACUGGAUGAGCAGUCAAGAGUCUGGACUGAACCUGAACCACGACGAUGACGAUGAACAUCAUCAUACACAAAAGCACCAGCAUCAUAAUCAUCGCUCCAAUCGAGCCGGCAUUUUCAGGGGGAGCCUCGCUAAUGAAGAUUUCGAAGAUCGUCCCAAUCUGCACCAGCAACCGCAGUCCGGUUUUCCAGUUAUCCUGCAAAGUGUUCGAACCAUGAGACACGUGCGGCACAGGUUGAGACGCGAUCCCGAACACCAGGGAAGACGUGCCAUCAGAUCAUCCCGGGUCAUCAACAAGGCCGGCGAACGGAAUGUUCUGUUUCUGAACCUACCGCAGAAGUCGGUUAGGUUUGUGAAGGAUCUCGUCACUACGUUGGUGGAAGAACAAUGGCGCUACACGCUCACCGCAUUCAUGUUGAGCUUCUUUAGCAGCUGGAUCUUGUUUGCCAUCCUCUGGUACCUAGUGGCAUAUGCCCAUGGGGAUCUUAUCUUCGAUCCGGAAACGGGUGAACGACUUGGCGAUGGGGCUAUGCCAUGCGUGGAAGGUGCCACAACCUUUGCCGGGUUCUUGCUGUUCAGCAUCGAAACCCAAGUGUCCACCGGAUAUGGUGCCAAAGUACCAACGGAGGAAUGUCCAGAGGCGAUGUUCCUUCUGAUUGUACAGAUCGUGAUUGGCCUAGUGAUAGACGCCGCCAUGGUGGGAAUCGUGUACGCAAAGAUGGUGCGGCCACCGAAAAAGAUCUCAGAUAUGAAGUUCAGCAAAAAGGCCGUUAUAUGCCAGCGGGAUGGCAAGCUGUGCUUCGUGUUCCGGCUUUGUGACGUUAAACAACAGCAUGCCAUCGAAACUAAGGUGACCGCGGUUCUGCUGGAACAACGACGCUCUUUGGAAGGGGAGGUCAUUGAAAAGAACGAAUCCUUCAUGAAGUUGGAGAAUAACGGUCGCAUUCUGCUAAUGUGGCCCAUAACGGUUUGCCAUGUGAUAGACAGCGAGAGUCCACUAUUUGAUAUCUCAGCAAAAGAUCUUCUAGAAAAGAAGUUUGAAAUUGUGAUAACGCUAACCGGUGGCACAAUGACGACUGGACAAGUCACGGAAGCAAGGACGUCCUAUGUGCCCGGAGAAAUCUACUGGGGUCACCGCUUCCAGAACAUAAUCAUGUAUGAUAGGGCUCAUGAGCACUACGUGGCUCAUAAUGAGCAUAUGGACGUCCUCGAACCAGUGGACACACCUCUAUGCAGUGCCCGACGUUUGGAAGAAGUGCUUAAGGAAGUGAAACAAUUUAUGGAGCAUGAUAGAGAGCGGGAGUUUGACGACCUAGAGAUCAAACCGGAGCCUACCAGGCAACAAGAAGAUGAGGAUAGCGACUCAGACGGUGGUCUGCGGAUGGAACAACUCAAGUCAUCUUGCUCUUCUCCCAAGGAGGAAACCAACUCGAAUCAACCAGCACGUGUAGAAACAUUUCCUGUUUCAAAAUAAAUUAAAAUAUAAAAUUUCUCACAACUAGCAGUAAUUAAAGAUAUUAUUUGGAUUAUAUAUAAUGUAAUAAUACCAAA